UUGAUAAGAUAAUUAUAUCUCAACAAGAUAUUGAGCGUCUUUGCAAUGAGAUAAUGCCAAAUAGUUUCAAGUCCAUCUCAAAGAUAAAUUACAAAAAGUUGAAUUCCCGUUCAAUCCGGCUCGUGGGGUGUUAUGGCCGCAAUGAACUAAUUGCAAAGUUUUUGCUCGUUAAGGAUAUUAUCAAUAAGGAAAAUUAUGAAUCGAUUAUUUUAUCGUUUGCUGAUAAUCUUUCACGUGAAGUUAUGCCUUCUCUCCGGCCAGGAAUUUAUCUUCAACAAGUGUUAUCUAUUGAAAAGACUGAAAAGGCGAAUCCUCUUUUUUUGGUCAUUCAUUGGAGCGAAAAUGGUUGUUAUGAUGAUUCUGCAUCUUCAUAUAGAAAGAAGAAUAUGACAAAUUUACAUAGAUACCUCACAAAAUUGACUGACCGUCAAAUUUGUUUAAUGAGCGAACGUGAUCUGGAAUGUAUAGAUUGGCAAAUAAUCUCGAAUGAAGAAAAUGAUUACGAUAGUGAAGAAGAGGAUGAAGACGACGGCUUAUGCUAUGAUUUCGAAGUCAAGAAAAGCCAAGAGCAAAAGGAAGAUUUCGAAAUUUUUCCUGGGUUCAGAGUCAAUAUUUCAGGAUUGGAGCCACGCCAAGCCCCAAGAAGUGAUUAUCUCAAUAAUAUCCCAUUGAAUUCUUUGGUGGUCGAUUCUGUAUCAAAUCAAACCUUCAUUACGCGUGAAAUUAUUCCCGAAACCAAGUUUACCGGGAGCGGCACCAUACUAUUUAAAUCGACCUAUCUUUUUCGCGAAUAUUUCAAAAGUAAACUAGAAACUCAAAAAUGUGCCCUAAUUUUAGACGCCAACCUAAAAAUGUCAAACCUUGAAGUAAUUGUCAAAGACGGAUUAGGGUUAGAAGAGAUUCUUCAACCAUAUUAUGAUGAAUUGGAUAAACUCGACCAGGAGAAGUUUAAGCGUAAAGAGCAACAAAUAAAAAUAAUUAAAAAAGAUGCCUUGCUUAUAGAGAAACUUGCAUUGCACAUGCUCAAAUUAGAAUAUAGCGAAUUCGAGAAAUAUUUGCAUGGAGAAUAUGAUGUCAUAGAAGAAGAUGAUAUCCAAUACAUUCAGGAAAAUUAUCCUGAAAUUGUAUCAAAAUUGGAAGAAGUCAUCAAGUUCAUCGACCACGAGCCAUGGAUAGAUCUCAAGUGUCGUUUUCAUCUUGCAAAAUAUUUCUCUGAAAACAAUGCCGAAGACGUUAGUUACGAACCAAUUUCGGACCAAAGACAAUAUUUUUUGGAAAUCUUUUCCGAUAAUUCGACCAGCAUUUAUAACCUGGUCAAAAAGUACAAAAAAACCACGAACUCGUGGAGUACAUCAUUGUUUAAACCUUCAAAGACAAAUGAUAUUGUGAAGAAAAUCAAAGAAGAGGCAUCUCAGAUUUCUGACGGUCAAUUUGUUAAAAAUAUUUCCCACGACGAACAAAUUGUUAAUGCUUUUUAUGACGAAUACGUUAAUUGGCGAAAAAGAAAUCUUCUAAAUAGUAUUCAGAAGAUUUUACCAAAGCAUCCCAGUACGCGAUUUUCAUGGGAGCUAGAUCGCGAGUUUAAUCAUGAAGAACAUGAACUUGAAAUUCGCGAAGUGGCUCGUAUUUGUUCUGAAGUCAAUAAGAUGUAUCCCGAAGGAGAACUUUUAAAAAUAAAAGGCCUUGAAAAAAUAUCUUCUUAUUGGAAUACUGAAUCAUAUCGACUCUUUAGAGAGACAGAGACCCUACAUCCAGCACAGUUAAGAAUUACCAUAUAUGGAACAAGGAUUAGCCAGGAAGACUCUAUGGAAUUAGAAAAAGAUGAAUUCUUCAUACCUACGCCUUUACUACAUAGCUCGGGUCGAAAUCCAGGUGUUUCUUUUGAAAUUGAUCCCGAAACAUAUGAAUUUAUUAACAUAUCACAAUUUGAUAAAAAGUUCCUUGUAAUUUUGUGGAACAAAGUUAAAUAUGGCAAUAAAAUGGAACUUUACUUUGAUUCAUUACAACGUCUGCCAAAGAUGAUCGAAUUGCAAACUCCAAUUAAAAAAUUAAAUUCUGGUCCCAAUUCGAAAAUUGCCAUUAAUGAUUCAAAGGGGUUAAUUGCAAUUUAUAGCCCUGAAAAGGCUUUGGUAUUGCAAGAGGAAUUAAAUGAUAUUGAAAUGACGGAUGCACCCAUCUCGGACGCUGAGAAUGAACGUGUUAACAACGAAGCAUCAUGCGAUAAUACUGAAGAGAUUAGCGAUGCCAUUACCAAUAAUACUGAAGAGAUUUACAAAACCAUUUCCGAUAAAGAUGAAGAGAUUAACGAAUCCAUUUCCGAUAAUGCUGAAGAGAUUAACGAAUCCAUUUCCGAUACUGAAAAGCGUAACGAAGCUAAUUCUGAACUACUAUAUGGUUCAGGAGGAUCAGACUUUGUCAAUGCACACAUUUACUUUGUCGAAGGCUUCAUUAAAAUCGAAAAUAACAAAUCAUUAACAAUUUUGGGAAAAGAUACCAUGUUCAAAAGAGAUUUUCGUAUUGGUGAUUAUUUAAUCAUUGGAGAAGAGAAGCGUCAAGUAUCCGAAAUUGUUUAUGAUAAUGUAUUGAAGAUUGUUCGGCCAAGUUUUGAAAAUGUUAAGUUUGGACAGUGGUUAAGUUUCGGGAUUGAACAAAUAACUACCAAUAAUGGUCUUAUUGAUGUUUACGCUAUGGUUUUUACAAAGUACGCAACAACAACUCCUAUUGGGCAAAUUGACAAGCCUUUAAAAGCAACAUUUGUGGUCGACGUAUCUCGGAGUUCUAAAACAAUUUCUACAUAUGAAGCAAAAAUUCGAAAGUAUGUUGAUAAAAUGUUCGAAAAGGUUAAAAAAGAAACCAAAAAACCUUCAGGUCACUUGAAACAUUUUAAAUCUGCGUAUGCAAUUUUUGAGAAUCUUACUCUGGAUGAUGAAAGCACUGAAUAUCUCUUUGGGGAAGUGUGUGAUUGGGGUAAUAUACAAGCAACUUUAAUCACAAUGCGGGCGUUAGAAAUCAAGAAAUUUCUUAGCGAUGCCAUCUCUUUCGGCUACGAACAAAAAGAAGAAGAUCCUUUUUCUGAUUACGAAGCUCCAGAAAAUGCAAAUACUGACCUUGAUGGACUAGAGCAAAGAGUUAAGCCUCUACAGGGACGUGACGAUGGAACUUUGAUUCCUGACGAUGUAGUACUUCUUUCAGAGAUUUUUGAUGAUAUCGAUGAGUCAGUUAACUUGAUGCAUGAUACUGGACUUGUUUUACUACAGAAUGGAAAAGAUUUUGUAGAACUUUCAAAUGAUACUGUCCAUGGAAAUAUGCUUAUGACCACCUUUACUUGUGAAGAGGAGGAAUUCGAAUUUGAAGGACAUCGUUUGAAUGUUGGAGAUCACGGUGAUUUUGUUCUCUGUCACAAAUUGUGUGAAAAUAUGGGUCGUCAUCGGCAUAUCGAUUUUUGUAAAGAUCCCGGAGUGUGUGAGAGCGAAGGAGGCUCUCGAAAAGAAGGUGUAUUAGAACAUAUCAAAGGCAAGAAAAUGUUAAUCAAUGAUUCCAAAUUUCAUACUUAA